AUGGAGACACAACAACAGUCCAUGGGGACGCAGCAAGAGGCGGAGGGAGAGGCUGAAGAAUCACCAGCACCAGCACCAGCACCAGAAUUUUCAUUGCCGCAGCGGCAGCAGCAGGAGCAGAAGCCACCAGCGGUGUUGUCGUUCCAAGAUGUGGCGAUAGCUGCAGUCAGAGGGACCGGGCUGGUGUCCCACCACCUGCACUCCUUCAAUCGCUUCCUGCGCCGCCUCCCUCGCAUCGUGGCCGGCCACAGACCAGUUCAGAUACACAUUCCUUUGAAGGUCAGCGACACAGUCGCCCCCGCCAACCCGCGCAACCACAAUCUCGAGAGUGUCACAUCGCGGGUGGUGGGCGUGGGCGUGCGUAUUUUCCUCCAAGACGCCUCCUUCACCCGCCCACUUGUUCAUCCUGCUGGGGUAGAAAAUCUGGGUGAUACUGCUGGUGGUGCUGCUGCUGCUGCUGCUGCUGCUGCUGCACCAGGGACGAGUUCGUUGGCUGGUAGUGGAGCAGAUUUUAACGAGGAUGAGGAUGUGAAGAUGGGGGAUGAGGAGGAGGAGGAUAGGGGAGGGAAGAUUGGGAGGAAACGGAGAAAAGAGAAGAAGAGGAGCGGAAGGAAAGGGAAGGGGAAGGAAGCGGAGGAAGGAGUGGGGGGGUUGCGUCCUGACAGCUUGCCAGGGCAUAGGUUUCCGCAGCCUGGAGUGGGCAUUCUGAGGGAAUCUUCUCCGCUGUAUCCUAGCCAGGCGCGGCGUGAGCAUCGGACUUACAGUGGGGAUUUGAGAGGGUCUGUGCGCGUUCAGGUGUUUGAAGUGGUGGAGCGCGGUCGGUAUGAGCAGCCCUCCCCAGAGGCCAUUCGACAGGCGGAGAUGAGGCAUCAGAAGCAGCAGAGGAGAGAGCAGAGGAGGCGGAAGCAGGCAGAGCAGAGGGGGUCUCUCAAGACAGGAAAAUAA